GUAGAUAUUCUGAUUGCCGUUCACUCUGAUUGUUAUGUCGAAAAUUAACUUCUGUUGUGAUAAAGUUUUGUUUGUGUUAAAUGGUACAUCGUGCAAAACACAUAUGAGUGGCAGAAGAAUAUGUCAAGUUUGAAAAUUGCAUUGGAGCUGAGCAAAUUGUUGUAGCAUAGAAGCAUGUAUGUCAGCUAGCACUAGUUAGUUGUGCUUGUUGUCAUGUUGGAGACCAGAUCUAUAAGGGGAAUGCCUGAACACUCUUGGAAUAACUACGGAGCAAGAAUAUCUCCUCACCAAAUGGCUACACCAGUUAGACAUGGCAAAAGUAGCCAAGACGACAUUUGUUACGUGGUGGCGAAAUAUGAUUACGAACACCAAGGACCUCAAGAAUUAGAUCUCAAAAAGAACGAGCGCUACGUUCUCUUAGACGAUUCUAAACAUUGGUGGAAAGUACAAAAUUCGAGGGGACAAGCAGGAUAUGUACCAAGCAACUACGUAAAGAAAGAAAAGCCAUCGUUAUUUGACAGUAUAAAGAAAAAGGUGAAAAAGGGUUCCGGUUCGAAAACGCUUCCAUCAAACAAUUCACCUUCACGUACGGUAGAGUCCCCAAACAUGGCGCGGCGUCUACCGGCUGAUCCUUCUGAGGCGAUUGGCGUAGCUAUUGUCAAAUAUAACUAUCAGGCUCAACAACCUGACGAAUUGUCACUUGUCAAAGGUUCUAGAAUUCUUAUUUUAGAAAAGAGCAAUGAUGGGUGGUGGAGAGGUCAAAGUAGCAACAUAUCGGGAUGGUUCCCAUCGAACUAUACCCAAGAAGAAGGUGAUAUCGAUGAUACUGUCCAUACAUAUGCAAUGGCAGAAAAUGUCCUGGAUAUAGUUGUGGCUCUCUAUUCGUUUUCUUCGUCGAACGAACAAGAAUUAUCCUUUGAAAAAGGCGAUCGAUUGGAAAUUUUAGAUAGGCCUGCAAGUGAUCCAGAAUGGUACAAAGCUAGAAAUUCUCAAGCUCAAGUUGGUCUUGUUCCUAGAAAUUACCUUCAAGAACUGAAUGAUUAUUUGGACCGUCCCUUACAAGAGAGAAACAGACCCAGCACUAUGGAAACCUCCAUGGAAAGAUCUCAAGUUUCCAUGGUAGAAAAGCCGCACCUUAUUGAUAAACCAUGGUAUUAUGGUAAUAUCACGAGGUAUGUGUGUGAUAAUUUACUAAAUCAACACGGCCAUGACGGCGACUUUCUUAUUAGGGAUAGCGAAACAAAUAUGGGCGACUAUUCCGUAUCAUUGAAAGCGCCAGGUAGAAACAAACAUUUUCGCGUUCACGUAGAGGGCGCCUUGUAUUGCAUAGGACAACGAAAAUUCCAUACUUUGGACCAGCUGGUAGACCAUUACCAGAGGGCACCUAUCUAUACCAACAAACAAGGCGAGAAACUCUAUCUAGUACGUCCUCUUCCAAAAACAAAAUAACCGACAGUAAGUCCGUUCUCGUGAACUCCAAAAUAGAAUUAAAAAUAUGUGCUAUCCGUGUGAGUGUUGAUUUUAUUUUUUCAUUUUAGUCAUUUGGUUUUUUGGAGAUCAACUGGUCAUUAAAAGUGUGAUUACUUUUUAAAAAUAUGUUUAAAAAACUAUUAGCAAUGUGGAGUACUAUUUGGUAAUAAUUUUCAUUCUUUUUAAUGUAUUUUCAAAUCGAUAUCGACUGGUUCUGAAUUAUUAUCAAUAUUAAUUUUUGUAGGCAAAUAUCAACGCUUCUCUUGGGAACCCAUCAAUAACUUUCCCAACUUAUUUAGAGAAUCAGCUCUAAAUUGGAAUGUAACAUGAAAUGGAAGCUACAAAAACGAUUUCAAUUUCUGUAGGUAUAGUUGCUUAAACUUUCUAAAACAAAGCCACAUAACACUGUAUGCUUUCCCAGAGGAAUGAGAUUAGUAAGGUUACUUUAAUUACUCAAGAAGUCAUUAGUGAAAUACAAAAUGGACAUAUGUCAUAGGAAACUUUUUCUGAAAUUUUUUUUGGACGUCUGGAUUGACAGUUUGCUUUCAAAAAUGCUGACCCGUUUUUAAAAAUUUAUUUGAGAACUAUUUUUAAAGUCUGUCAAAUUUUAAUAAGACGAACGAUGAUAAUGCAUAGUCUAAAUCGAAGCUAAAGGCUAAACCAUUAAAUUUUUGCUGUUCACAUUUAGGUUUCGUCAAUUGUAACUUGUGGUAUUAGUGAUAACAUUUUUGUGGCUUAAUUAGGUGUUUCAUACUUAGUUCUGGUUUGUAACGUAUUCUGUCCUUUGGUUCUUUUAAGAUCUUUAUGAAUGGGAUUUUAUUUUCUAUCCAAGAUGGUCUUAAAAAGAAACUCAGCAUUUGACUGUAAAACAGGUUUUAUUUCCUGGACCAUAUACAAACGAAUAACUAAUAAUAUAUACAAACUGGUAGCAGAGACGGAACAUAACGAAUCUAGGACUUUAACACUAUCAAAAGGUCACAAAGGUUCGGGAUAUGCUCUAUGGACUUUCUUAGCAGGAACAGAAAAUACUUGUUGGGGGUGGAGAUAGGGCAAGUAAAAUAAACGAUACUUAUGCGAACGGCACUCAGGGUUUAUUUGGAAAGCUGGAUCGUAGAUAAGUUAAUGGCAGAAUGGGAUUGGAUUGGGGCAACUACAAAAAUGAAACACAAGGUACUUACAUGAAUCUCCUUGACAAAUGAACAAACAAAAACAACAAGAAGGACCUCUAGCUGUUUAAAAUGGACGCCGCUUCGAAGGAUCCUCCUGCUGGAUGAAGGAAAAAGGCUCUUCCUUCCUAAAAAAGAAACACAAAAGGGUUAGGAGACUUUUUUAAAAUUUGAAAUAAACAAAUUGGUUUAGAGAACAUUUAUUGUUGUCUCAACACAAACAGUUACAAAAUAUAGAUGGCACAAAAAAUACUAUAUUUUAAUUAAAACUUAAAAAUAGUUACAUAGAUUUAUACUAAAAUAAUAAAGAAGAAAAACUUGCAUGUCCUAUUCAUUUACAAAGUCUGUUUACAAGUGGGAGAUGCUACAAAACUUACAAAAAUGUUACUGGGCUAUAAACUGUGGCAGAAAUAAGUCAUUACAUAAAGAAAUAUCUUUUUAGAUGAAACUAUUCAUGAAGGUUAACCUUUUUCUAAAAACAAAACAAAACUCUCAAAUAUGAUUAGAUAAUUACUAGAUGUCAAAAAUAAUCUAAAUCUUAAACGGAGAACAAUUAAAAUGACAGCAUAGCCACACCCUAAGAUUUGCAAUAUUAAUUAUUACAAUUUCUUUUUUUUUCAAUUAUGAAAGCAAACUAUUAAUGUUUAUUCUUCCUUUAGAAGUUUAAAACAAAGAAGUUGUCUUGAUUUCACUAAAAUGCACUUUUACUGUACAUUUCUGAGGUGUUGGGCACUGGAAUUUUACUGGAGAUUUACUGCUACGCAAAAGACUGCAUCUCACACUGCGAAAAGUAUUUUAAAACGACUGCUUAGGAUGUUGAAGUUUUAGGUUGAAAUUAGCGGCACCAGACACAGACCUCGGCUUCUCUCAAAACUGGAAAAUAAAACAUGAAUCUUUCAAAAUUGCUGCAGGCGACAUAAAUAGUGAUCACUCUUUCUAAACUGACAUAUGACAUAGAGUAUAAUUCCACUAUUUUCUACAAAUUUGCCGGUUUUUGACCGACCACUAAAUACGUCUACCCCUUUGACCAAAUCUUCCAAACUGAAACUUGAAUUCUCUCGACCUUCGAUAUCGGCCGGGGCUACCAGUUUUGCGUCUCACCUUUUCACCGUCUCUUGCAAUCAAACAACCCAAACUUCUGGUUAAACAUAUCGCAAAACGACCUUGAAUUAAACAGCUUUUUAAAAUCGUAAAACUAAAACGUAUACAAAUAAAUAAAACCAUAUAUUCGUUAUGGUUAAUAACUGGAAUUUGGAAUUAUUUUCUUUUACCUCACAAUGUAAACAGAAAAUUGGGGAAUAUUUAAUACUUGGCCCAGGGACGUACUACAAAAUUUUUGUUAUUUGAAUAUAAGAUAGUUUUAAGGAAUUUUCUGCAUGCUAUAAACGUUAUAGACAGAAAACAGUAAGUUCGUUAUUAGUCAGUCGCAGUGCAAAUAAUCAGCUCAGCCCACUCUAAACAUGUACAACUUCGACUACCAAAACACGAGUCUAUCUACUUUUAGUAAGAAUUUUUAAAUUUUUUUUCUACCACUAGAGUAGUGGGAGAGAUUAUUAAAUGUUUGGUGAUAUUAGGAUCGUGCUUCUAUUUCUUACUUCAAAUCUAUUUCUAUAACGAUUCGUAACUACAGUCUUUUAUCAGCUUUCUUCUAUACCAUUACACUGAAAACUUUACUCCCUAAUCUUUUUUCUAGUCGAAUAUUUGUCGUAACUUUAAUUCUGUUAACAUUUAUGUUUCGGAUAAUCUUUCUAUAUACUAGAGUUGUUGAUUAACGCGGGAGAUCCAGGUUCGGUACCCGAGGUUCACAGAAAAACUAAGUCUGAAUAAAAUGAGUAAUUUGGGUGAAACCAGUGGUAAUAAAUGGCGUUUGAAGCGAAAUAAAGAGAGCCUAUUCUACUCGUAAUUUUAGUAUUUACAAUCUAAACCAUCAACAUUUUCCAAAAACUAUAAGUGUUUUAUUGACAUCGCUCAAAUUUUAAAGAUGGUCUCCACCGUUAGGAUUACUGAAUGAAUACUAUCAAAAGAAUUUGGAUCUGUUGAAAUACAUGUUUCUGAUGGUCGAGUCGAUCUUUCAGAGUUUGCAGGUUAUGUUUUAGUACAAUACUGGUUAAUAAUAAUGCAAAGAUUACAGAAUUUUUCCUCUAUUAUGUUUAUAGUACAAAUAUCUUUUAAUGACCAGUUUAUCAGAUAGUGACUAAUUGAUAACAAACCUAUGUAUAUCUGGUCAUAUUGAUUAUAUAUUUUGUUUGUUUUUUGUAUAUAUGAUUUUUUAAGUUAUUGAAUUUUUAGUGUUAGUUUUUUAAGGCACAACUAGUAUUCUUUUUAUAAAUCAAGGUGGCUAUCCUAUAGAAUAUAUUAUACUAAUAUUGAUAAUUUAAUUUUAGUACAAAAUUAUACCAAAUAUUUAAAAUUUAUCAAAGAUGAUUGAAGUUAUUGUUCUAACGUUUUAUAUAGAUAUUUCUUUGAUCAUGAAUCUUAAAUGCCGUGGUACCUAUAAUAAACCGUCUUUAAUAUUUGAUCCAAGAAACUAAUUUCGGUGGACGAAAUGCUGAAUUAUUUUUGUACAUAAGAGUUUUUUGUCAAUUGACUAGUCAGACAGAAGAAUACAAUGUUAUAGAAUAACCACCUUGUACUAUGUAUAAGGAGCAGUAUGUAUCGACAAUAUAAUCUCAACACUUGUAAUUAAAUGUUUUCAUAUAAAAAAUAUGAAAAUUUUUUUUCGUCUUUCAUUUGGUCUCGAAUGUGUUAUCAAAUAAUUGAAAAUGGUAGCUUGUUAUUUUUUAACUAUAAAAUGGCCACUAUUGCUUAGAUAAGACUGGUUUUGAUGUAAUAGGAUAGAGUUUUUCGACACAAAUUUUAAAACAAUCCCAAUAAUGGCCAAAAGGUGAAUGAGACAAUUUUUGAUACAGAUUGCUUCUGGUAAAGAAGAUAUACCAAGUGAUUUAUUGAAUACAGCUUUAUAACAGUCAAAUACUCAAUAUAGAAAAUAGUAUUGCCUGA